AUGGACGGCGAGGGGGCAGGUACCCCAGGGAUGGGUCGUGCGUCCACCCGAGAGGGGCAGAGCUCGUCUCCAAGUGCUGCUGAAAAUGGCUCGGACCCUGACGAGGAGCCUCUUCUCAGAAAAAAUCCCCGGCGGUUUGUCAUCUUCCCCAUCCAGUACCCAGAUAUAUGGAAAAUGUAUAAACAGGCUCAGGCCUCCUUUUGGACAGCAGAAGAGGUUGAUUUGUCAAAGGACCUUCCUCACUGGAACAAGCUGAAAACAGAUGAAAAAUACUUCAUCUCUCAUAUUCUAGCAUUUUUUGCAGCCAGUGAUGGAAUUGUAAAUGAAAACCUGGUGGCGCGUUUCAGUCAGGAGGUACAGAUCCCAGAAGCUCGUUGUUUCUAUGGCUUUCAGAUUCUCAUUGAAAACGUUCACUCAGAGAUGUACAGCUUGCUCAUAGACACCUACAUCAAAGAUCCUGAGAAAAGGGAUUUCUUAUUUAAUGCUAUUGAAACAAUGCCUUGUGUCAAGAAGAAAGCAGACUGGGCUCUGAAGUGGGUUGAAGACAGAGAAUCCACUUUUGGUGAGAGAGUGGUUGCCUUUGCUGCAGUUGAAGGCAUCUUCUUUUCGGGUUCCUUUGCUGCUAUAUUUUGGCUAAAGAAGAGGGGCCUGAUGCCUGGACUGACUUUCUCCAAUGAACUUAUUAGCAGAGAUGAGGGUCUACACUGUGAUUUUGCUUGUCUAAUGUUCCAUUAUUUAGUGAACAGACCAUCAGAAGAGCGGGUCCGUGAGAUCAUUGUUAAUGCUGUUGAAAUUGAGCAGGAGUUUCUAACAGAGGCGUUACCUGUAGGUCUGAUUGGAAUGAAUUGCACUUUGAUGAAGCAAUAUAUUGAAUUUGUCGCAGACCGGUUACUGAUGGAGCUUGGGUUCGCGAAGGUCUUUCAUGCAGAAAAUCCUUUUGAUUUCAUGGAGAAUAUCUCUCUGGAAGGAAAAACAAAUUUCUUUGAGAAGCGGGUUUCGGAAUAUCAACGUUUUGCUGUUAUGGCAGAAACAAUGGACAAUGUCUUCACUUUGGAUGCAGAUUUUUGAUAACUUGGCAAACAAAAUGGUGACUGUUUCCCUCUCCCUGUCUCGCUCUCUGCUGUGAAGUUCUCUUCAUUUCCUGUCCUGGAAGUGGAGUCUACUGGGAUUUUUUUCCUGGGUUUUCAUGUUGUUUGUCUGAGGAGUAAAUAUAUUUCUGUCUGUGUCAUUUAAAAACAAA